AUGCGCUGGGGAUUUAAACAGACAUUGUCACUUUUCUUUGUUUAUCUUCUGCAUCCUUUUUUUACGAUUUUCUCCGUGAUUACAUGUACUUAUGGUACUAUCAGGGGCUAUGAAAAGAGGUUUGGCCAUCUCUUUGAGGAUGGCGACCUCCUUAUGGCCACAGCCCUCCACCCCAACUUCACCCCCAAGGCCCUGGAGAUCAUUGCCCCUGACAAGGUGGAGGAGAUCAGGGACACGAUCACCAGAAAGCUAAGGGCCGUCAUCAAGCCCAGGGAGGACGCUCAGCAGCAGCGUCAGCCUGGCCAGCCAGAAGUGCAGGAACCCCAGGACUUGGACGGCCGCCUCUUCAACAAGUUGUUUGCUAGAGGCCCGGCCAACCAGCAGCAGGAUGUGAGGGAGGUCCUGAGGAAGUCCAUGGAGGAGUGGGUGCCCUCUAAAGGCGAGCUGGCCUGGUCCCUCUUCCCCUACCAGCACAGGGAGGUGUGGGUGGACUUAUUCACUAAGUACAAUACCCCCCUCCCCAGCUCUGCAGCUGUGGAGAGGCUAUUCAGCAUGGCCGGGGACAUCCUCAGGGCCAAGAGGUCCUCCCUGGAUGAGGUCAACUUUGAGGAGCUUGUGUUCCUCAAAGGGAACAUUGACCUCCUGGAGGAGAAGAUGGGCCAGGAGGACAUGGAGGAGGAGGAGGAUGACCUGUAUAUAUUAGUUUAGGCUGUUUUAACUAAAAAAAAAAAGGGGGGGGGGGGUGUUCUCUGCCUUAUAAAAGCACAUUUCUGUUAUCGCGCUAAAGUUUACUUUGUAAUUUAGCACAGUCGCACCGGGAAAAAAAAGUCGCAGUCGCAAAGUCGCAAGUCGCACCGGGGGGCCAAAAAUAGUCACAAAGUCGCAGCCGCACCAGAUCCGGCGGCAAAGUCGUAAAGUCAAAGUCGCACCUGAAAAACUUAAAGUCGUGCCCAGCUCUGAUAACUUCAUAAAAUAUAUACAGAUAUAGACUCCUGGCCAUAGCUAACAAAAACUACCCUCGUCAAGUUUCUGUGGUGCAGACUUAUACAGAAAAAUGUCUCCUUUCAACCACCAACAUGCAUUCACAAAGAUGAUCAUGGGCAAGGUAUUUGUGUGGGGUUAAGAUACCAAGGGGGAGAUCAUAAACACACACAAAAGGGAAUGUUCAUGUACUACAUAGUGACACAACAAGUGAGGUACCAGCUCACUCAGUACGCUAGGGAACCUGUGGGGGUGAGGUCCAGACGGUGUGUCAAUUCAACUCUUUAAGUAACAUUAACAUUGUAUCAAGAUAACACACUAACAAGCUCGGUGCCUAGGAGCUGGGUUCACCGUACCUGUGGGGGUGAGGUCCAGACGGUGUGUCAA